AAGAAUUGAUUUAUUUUAUUAUCAUUCUAAGUAUAUCAUUGAGGGUGAGUCAGAAAAAAAAAUUGGUCCGCCCAAAGGCUUGGUCUGUCACAGAUUUGGCCCACAAACGCAAAUAUUUCAUCCACAGGCCAAAUCUUUUGAUUUAUGGGGGCUAUUUAUUUACUAUCAAAGUCACUGUUUCAUAGGUUAUCCAUGACAUAUUUCUAUUCCAUCACUGACAGAUGACUAACAGCAUAGAUAACAGUAACUACAAUGCCAAAACAACAGCUUUUUAUCUACAUAAUUUUAUGGAGUAUACAGACAGCUUUCCCACAAGAGAACGCACCAAAUUGCCAAACUGGUGCUGGUGCCGCAUCGAAAAUUCGUACGGCAGGCACCGGUACUGUUUUAUUCACUUCCGCAGAUGUGUACAAAACCUGUUGGUCCCAAGACGAAAUAGCCGUCCUCACUGCCAGAAUGAUCCUGGAGGACGUCAUCCCUGAAACUCGCAUGAUUUCCAUUCGUUGUAACGACGAUGUAAGCGAUCUAGUCGAAUAUUUUAAGUCUAUCAUCAACGCCAUUCGUUCCUGCGCGAAAAGUCGUAAGAAACACAUCAUGUUACAAGCUCUAACGGACUUGUUGGGUGGAUACCUUCAUCACGCGGUCCUUCCAAUAGCCAGGAAAGGUUAUUACGCCGGAGUUAUCGAUUUCGAUUACAUAGAAAAACUUAUCCAGCUGUACGAAGAACUUAAAUGGUUUCUUCGUACCAACGGACAAGGCUGGACAACACCUCUAAUAGUGAACAAAGAGAUAAAUGCUCCUCCGGUAGAUUUAGAGAAAGAAUUUCCGACAAAGGACAGCAACUCGUCAUGUUUAAAGCUGCUCUUUUAUGAGCACGAACCUCUGAAAGCCCGAAAAAGACGAAACGUAAACUUAGAAAAAGGUAUUUAUUUUCCAUUACCUUUUUUCGAUUCGAAACACAGACCAUCGGCGAUUGUGGUACCGCUAAAGAAGAACGCGUUGAGAAACAUAGAGUCUCGAAGAGCGGCAUAUGUCCUAAUGAAGUACUACAUGACGGCUAGCAGGUGCCUUAAAGAGAAACAAGCUAGACCUGAAUUAGUGCAGAAAUUCCAAAAUAACCUGUUCACUUUUAUAGAUCACGAAGUAAUGCCGAAAUUGGGUGACGACAAGUUUUACGCCGCUUUCGGUGGAGUGGAACGAAUUCUAAAAACUCUAAAACAUUCAGGUGCCAGAGCAGGUGAAGUUUCUUGUAACGAAGAUGAAGGAGCAGGCGAAGAAGAAUUAGGAGCACUUCCAUCAGAUACUGACGGAGGACGAACCAAGAUGUUCUUGAUCGCGAUGCUUAUCGUUAUUUUCGCCUGGUUUAUCAUCGGGACUUGUUUCAUUUGCUAUCGCAUGAGAAACUCGAAAAAAGCAACUGAUAUAAAAGAUAAAAAACGCAGUAGUACGGACGGUUCCACGAGUUGCUCAUCAAAGUGGUCGUCUUUCCUAUCAAAAUCCUCCAGUCGCAGUUCAAGUAAGAACCAGUACUGUAAAUGUUGCGAAUCGUUAAUCAGCGAAAAAUCCGGGCAAGAUUACGUAUCGACGAGCGAUUAUAGCGAGGAAAAGACGAAAAAGAAACCGAAAAGACGACUUUUUGGUUCGUGCGGCAAGAGAAGCACUCAAAGUUCUCCCUGUAUUUGUACGGGCAGCGAUUCCCCCCCAAUUAUUGAAGCGAAACAGUCAGCUAAAGUGUUGCCUUCCAUAGCGGAAAUGUCGGAAAAAUCGCAACCGAAAGAGAAAAAAUCGAAUUUAUUAAGGAAAAUCACGUUUGCGAAAGAGUCGAGUUUCUCUAGCAGCGAGGGCAGUUCGAAACCUUGCGCUCCGCCAUGGUUGAAGAUAAAGAACACCGUACCGUGUCCGGCAUAUUCCGAUAAAACAACGAAUUACACUUCUUCGAAAUCAAACUCGAACGAAACAAAUAAUCUCGAUACUGUACCUUUAGAUCAGUCUACAAAAAAAGAUAGUGAUGUAGAAACUACGCAAACUCAGGAGACUCACGAAGAUAAGUCGAUGCAAAGCAGUUCGAAUGAGCACAAUUUAAAGAAGUGGUAUCAGUCAAAGAAAAAUGAGCAUGAAACUUCAACGGAGGCGAUGGAAGACUUGUCAGCAUCGGAGCAUCACUCUAAAGAGGAAGAAAAUAAAGAGGAACCCGCAGAUGCAAACUACGAUACUUUUCACAUGUCUGCAUGUCACACCAGUAUGAGCGGUGCGUACGAUUUGUACAGGAAAAGUCCGGAUUAUAAUAAACCGUUUAUUUUCGGGUACGAUUUUCAAACGACUACUUCUUCGGAUAUGAGUGAAGAUGAGGACGAUUGAAAUCAUUUUGAAACAUACGAGAGUACUAAAAUGUGUAGAUAAAGCAAUGUAAUAUUAAUAAUAUAAUGUACGAUAGUGAUGUGGAAUAUAAUAUACAAAUAGCAAACUAAAGCUUUUCAUUUCUUUAAAAUUAAAAAAAAACAUUAAGUAUAAAAAUUUCACACUUUAAAAACCAAACCUAAUAAUUUUAUUUUUACGUGGUAUUUGGUAAUAAAAUGCCGUUUCUUUCUCUAAUAAUCAGACAUUUAAGUAUUUUCUCAGUUUCAAGUAAAAUGAAAUACAAAGACAAUCAGAGUAAAAUUUUCUUUGUCCAACAUUUAUUGUUAGGGGAUUUUUUUAAUGUAAAAUAUUUUUUUUU